AUGACGUCACUUCCGGUCGGCUUGGACGGGGCGGGGCCUGAACUUCCUGGGAUCUGUCCCCUGAGAAUUGCGGUGUGGGGUCACGUGCCCGGGGAGGAGCUGGCGCGCGAGUUAACGGUUCUUUUGACUCCGCGGUUCCGAAACCUUGGCAGCCAGAGUGAGCUUCCGGGCUCACGGCGGACCCGGCAGAGUUUCGCAAACUCUAGAGGUGGCUUCUGCCGGAAAAGGAAGACAGGUUGCUCUGGUCCUUUUCAAGCUACUAGGUUAUGGGAUGGUAUUAUUCACUCCCUUCAGACUGAAGUGGAAAUAAAAAGACGGAGGCAUCAUUUAAGAACAUACAAAGACUGUUUUACUGGUUCUGAUGCUGUUGAUGUAGUUUUAAGUCAUCUUAUGCAAAAUACAUGCCUAAGUAGUAAUGACAUCUCUCUUAAAGGAGUUCUUCUUUGCCAAGUUCUAAUGAACUAUAAAGUGUUUGAACCCGUGGGAAUGAAGCUAUUAAAAAAUCAAAAGGAAUUAGAAUUUGAAGAUUCAAACAAUAGUCUCUACAGAUUUCUAGGCAAUAAAUCAUCAUAAUUUUGCAGAAGAAAAAAGGAUUCUCAGAAUGGAUUAACUGAGACCAGAAGACAAAAUUAUUUCAAAUCUCUAGCACAUGAGAUUGGUGAGGAAAGAAUUGAGAAAUGUAUUCAUAUAAUGAAUGAGAAUCUGGCUUUACCUCCAAAUAUCACAGUUGACAAAACUGUUCUCCUGCUUUCAAAAGAAGAGUUUCCUUCUAUAGAUUGA